AUGGGCAUCUCAAGCUUCCUCCUCCUCGGCCUCGGGGGCGCCUCGCUGGCCGCGGGGCAGUCCUUCCAAUCGACUCCCGUCAUGGGAUGGAACUCAUACAACCAAGUCUCCUGUAGCCCGACCAACGCCGUCAUCACGGCCGCCAUCAACUCCUUGUCCGACCGGGGCUUCAUCGCCGCGGGUUACAAGUAUUUCCAGAUCGACUGCGGCUGGGCCUCGAGAGACGGCCAAAGAAACGCCACUUCGGGCGCCUUAGAGGUCAACUCCGACGCGUUUCCCCAGGGCCUGAAGCCUUUGAGCGACCUCGCGAGGUCCAAGGGCAUGAAAUGGACCAUGUACUCCGACGCCGGCGUGCGCAUGUGCGACCCCCAGGUCCCGAGUCCCGUCCUCGGCUCACUCGGUCACGAAGCCGCCGACGCCGACUUUUUCAAGAGUCUCAACACGGAGUAUCUCAAGUAUGACAAUUGCUACGCCGACGGUCCCGCCGCAUCGCAGAACGCGCCCAAGGCCCCAAGGACCGACUUUGUCACGCGCUUCACCACCAUGUGGAAAGAACUUCAACGCGUCGGCAUUCCAGGCAUGCUGAUCUGCCAAUGGGGAGUACCUUACUCGUCACCGAGUGGCCUGGAAGGACCCGCGGAAUGGACCAAGGGCAUCUCGACAUCCUUCCGGCUGUCAGACGACAUCGCCAGCGGCUGGGGCAACGUCUACCGCAUCUACAACCAGGCCAUUCACAUCGCCAAGUCCGGCAUUAUUGGCCCGGGCAACAUCGCCGACGCCGACCUCCUCGAAGUCGGCAACAAGGGCAUGACCGUUGACGAGCAGGCCACCCACUUCGCCGCGUGGGCCAUGCUCAAGUCUGCCCUCAUGAUCUCCACCGACGUCGCCGCCCUGUCGGCCCAGGCCGUCGCCGUCCUGCAGAACAAGGACCUGAUCGCCAUCAACCAGGACUCGGCCGUCAAGCCGAUCCAGCUCGUCCAGCGCUACUACAAUGAUGCAGACCUGUGGGCCGGCGACCUCGCCAACGGCGACGUCGCAGUCCUCCUCGCGGAAAUGAGAAACGCCUCCCGCCAAAUGACCUUGCAAUUUUCCGAUCUCGGCAUCACCUCCGCCACGGUCAAGGAUCUCUGGGCAAACAAAACCGUUACAAACGCCAACAGUUACACCGCGCAGGUCAACCCCCACGGCUCCCUCGCUCUCCGCCUCUCCAACAUCAAGCGCUCGACGGCCGCCGCCACGAAAUACAACUACUUCUCCUUCGCCAACGGCUCCCUGUCCUCCGGCGCGAACCUCCAGUCCUGCUCCGGCUGCACGUCCUCCAACAAGGUCGGCGACAUCGGCGGCUCCUCCGGCGGCCGCGUCGUCCUGUCCAACAUCACCUCCUCAACGGCGGGGACGCAGACCGUCUUGUUCGACUACAUCAAUGGCGACGUCGGGUACCUCGGCGGCGGCAACAACGAGCGCCUCGCGUCCAUCACCGUCAACGGGGUCACUGGGCAGACGGUCAGCUUCCCUCUCAGCGGCUAUAACUGGUCCGCCGACGUCUUCAAGGGGUACAGGGUCGAGUUGAAAGGAUUCCAGGCCGGUAGCGCCAACACGAUUAGCAUUACGGGUGUGGGAAGUGCGUGGGCGCCGGACUUUGACCGGGUUGGCGUAGCUGCGUAG